CCGCCGCUGGGCUGGCAAGGGCCGCGGGCGCCGGGCUCCGGGCUCCGGCGGCCGCUGGUGGGAGGCGGCGCCCAAGAGGGCGAGCGAGGACGCCGUGGCCAUCAUGGGGAACAAGCAGACCAUCUUCACUGAAGAGCAGCUGGAUAACUACCAGGACUGCACCUUCUUCAAUAAGAAGGACAUCCUCAAGCUCCAUGCACGGUUCUAUGAGCUGGCCCCCAACCUUGUCCCGAUGGACUACAGGAAGAGCCCCAUCGUCCAUGUGCCCAUGAGUCUCAUCAUCCAAAUGCCGGAGCUCCGGGAGAAUCCCUUCAAAGAAAGGAUUGUGGAGUCCUUCUCUGAGGAUGGUGAGGGGAACCUCACUUUCAACGACUUUGUGGACAUGUUCUCCGUGCUCUGUGAAUCGGCUCCCCGAGAGCUCAAGGCAAACUAUGCCUUCAAGAUCUAUGACUUCAACACUGACAAUUUCAUCUGUAAGGAGGACUUGGAGCUGACACUGGCCCGGCUCACUAAGUCAGAGCUGGAUGAGGACGAGGUAGUACUCGUGUGUGACAAAGUCAUUGAGGAAGCUGACCUGGAUGGCGAUGGCAAGCUGGGUUUCGCAGACUUUGAGGACAUGAUCGCCAAGGCCCCUGAUUUCCUCAGCACUUUCCACAUCCGGAUCUGAGGAUACUGCCAAGGCUACAGGGGCCUGGAAGCUCACCCUCUAGCCUGCUGUCUAUGUAGGUAUGGUUCCAAGAGCUCCAGGAAAGGCGCUACGGCCUUUGGGGCUCACACCCACGGAUAUUUCCUGUGGACCUUUCAGCAAAAAAAAAAAAACCCCAAAAAACAAAAGCAGCAAUGGGGUUGUGAGGAGCAGGGCCCUUUCCAGGGCCCCCAGCGAUCUGGCCCCAGGACCUACAGCCUGUUUGUGGGCCCUCCCAACCACUUCCUUGCCUAGUCCUCUUCCCAUCAUCUAGCAAUGGCCCCCUAGGAGGGGAAGGUAGACCAAAAGCCCAGCAGGAGAGGUGGGGCUGAUUUAUCCAUGUACUGGGCAGAGACCCCAGUCAUCCAAUGCAAAAAACAGAUUGGGGUUUUAACAAGCUAUGCAAUCUUUUACCAAAACCAAGGUUGGGCUGUACCCUACUCCCGCCUGCUCCUUCCCCACCCACUUUCCCAAUGUGAAGCUGUGUGAGCGGUGGGUCCAAAGGGCUCUGCCCCUGUCUCUGCCCCUAGGUCAUGAGCACUCCUCAACCCAACCUCCCCGAUGACAUGGCAUCACUGGUGUGUGCUGACCUCAGAUUUGUGAAUUCCUAAUAGUAAAACAUUCUUGUGUCCUGCA